UGGCCAUCAGACACAGCGAGCAUGAGCACCCGCCUCUUCGUGCAGAACCUGCCCAUCUAUGUGGACGAUGAGAAGCUCCGGAAGCACUUUGCGGCCAACGGCGAAGUCACGGACGCGUGCGUCGUCAAGACCAAGGACGGCAAGUCGCGCCGCUUUGGCUUUGUCGGCUACAAGACUGAGGCGCAGACCGUGAAGGCGCAGGCUUUUUUUGACAAGACGUUCUUCGACACGACGCGGAUCACUGUCAAGAUUGCGCAGCCGCGCGAGUCGAGUGAGCUGGACCGGCCGUGGAGCAAGUACUCGAAGGGCAGCUCGCGCCACGCCGAAGAGACCAAGGCGCCGGAAGACGCGACGCUGCCAGAGGAACCCAAGAAUGCAAAUGAGACGCGGAAAAAGAAGGGCAAGAAGACGACAGGCGAGGACAGCGCGUUCGAUGAGUUUGUCGAGACGAUGCAGCCGCGAUCGCAGACCAAGUUCUGGGCCAACGACGACGUCAUGGCCGCGGGCGGGGCCGAGAGCCUCGACAAGAUCGCCGAAGGCUCGGACGAUGGCGGCUCGGACGACGAGUACCAAGACCUGAGCAAGAUCCACGACAAGAUGAACGCGGACGAGGACAGCGACGGCGAGGACAAUGAAGACGACUUUGACAAGUCGAUUGCGCCGACGAAGAAGCCCAUCUCGGAUCUCGACUUUCUCAAGUCCAAGAUGGUCAAGACCAUCGCGAGUGAUGACGAAGACGACGAGGACGAGGACGACAGUGACAAUGAUGGCAGUGACAAUGACGGCGACAGUGACAAUGACGGCGACAGUGAAGACCUGAAUGACGAAGACGACGACAAGACGACGAAAAAGACAUCCAAGUCGGCGUCCUCGUCGUCGGCCAAGCCGUCCGAAGCGUCAAGUGACGUCGCGCCGUCGUCGCGGCUCUUUGUGCGCAACCUGCCGUACUCGGCGGUCGAAGAAGACUUGCAAGAGCUCUUUGCGGGCUACGGCACGAUCACGGAGCUGCACAUGCCGCUCGACGACAGCAAGCGAACAAAAGGCUUUGGCUUCAUCAUGUUUGCGUCGCAAGCCGAAGCUACAGCCGCGCGCACGGCUUUGGACGGCAAGGCGUUUCAAGGCCGCCUCUUGCACAUCCUCCCGGCCAAGGGCAAGCUCGAGCCCGAGGCGCUUGUCGAUACGGCCAACCUCACGUACAAGCAGAAGAAGGAGAUCGAGCGCAAGCAGCUCGCGGCGUCCAAGGUCGGCUGGAACGCGUCGUUCAUCCGCGGUGACGCGACCGUCGACGCGCUCGCAUCGCGCUUGAACGUCAAGAAGGGCGAGAUUCUCGACAAGGACGCUGGCAACAUGGCCGUGCGCCUCGCCAUUGGUGAGACGAUGCUGCUGCAGGAGAACCAAGCGUUCUUCGAGCAAGAGGGCGUCGACCUCCGCGUCAUUGAAGGUGCGGCGGCCGCCAAGGGCAAGAAAGGACCGUCCAUCGAGCGUAGCAACACGGUGUUGCUUGUCAAGAACCUGCCGUUCACGACCGACGAGACGGCACUCGCGCAGCUCUUCCGCACGUACGGUGAGCUCAGCCGCUUUGUGCUGCCGCCAUCCAAGACCAUGGCGCUCAUCGAGUUUGUCGAAGCGUCCGAAGCCCGCAAGGCGUUCCGGUCGCUCGCCUACAAGAAGUUUCAGACCAUGCCGCUCUACUUGGAAUGGGCGCCGGUCAAAGUCUUCAAGGGCGCGGCGACGAUGAACUAUGCCGAGAAGAUCAAGGCGCAAGCACAAGCGGCGGCCCCCGCGCUGCCCGAUGUCGAAGCCGACAAUGUGGCCGAGCUCGACAACACGCUGUGUGUCAAGAACCUCAACUUUAGCACUUCGGAGAAGAGCCUCCAGACUCUGUUUGAAAAGAUGGGCACGGUGCGCAAGGCGACAAUUGCUCGCAAGAAGGACCCGAAGACGCAAAAGCCGACGCUCUCGAUGGGCUUUGGCUUUGUCGAGUAUAGCACCGCGGCCGCCGCCAAGAAGGCGAUGGCUGGCCUCCACGGCACGCUGCUCGACGGCCACGCGAUCGACAUCAAGCUCUCCAAGAAGCAGCUCGCGCCCGUCAAGAAGGCGACCGGCCCCAGCAAGAAGCCGAGCACCAAGGUCAUUUGCCGCAACAUUGCGUUCGAAGCGACGAUCAAGGACAUUCGCGAGCUCUUUGGUGCCUUUGGUCAGCUCAAGACCGUGCGCAUGCCCAAGAAGUUUGACGGCAAGCACCGCGGGUUUGCCUUUAUCGAGUUUCUCACGGAAGCCGAGGCCAAGAGCGCGUUUGCGUCCUUGGCGUCGUCGCACUUGUAUGGCCGCCACUUGGUACUCGAGUGGGCCGACGACGCCGACGACAUGGACACGUUGCGCGCCAAGGCGAGCCGUGACCUGGCGUCCAUCGAGGACGGGCAGCGGGCCGCCAAGAAGCUCAAGAGCAAGGAAGUCGAAGACGACAUGGAUUUUUAACUUUACUACACUACUAACCUAUAACACUACCCCACUUCUCACGAGACUUUAUCCCAACUGAUGAUCGGUCGUGCGUCGCGCGAGGCGCUUGCAUGUCCCAGCCUCCGACCGAUCGCUAAAGGUUACAGCUCAUUUCGCCUCCUGCCCUGCAAACCGACCGUGUCCCUUGCAGUCGACGCUGCCACGCGCCUCGUUCUCGUACCUUCGUCGGCCAUCAUCGCGGGUUCGCGGGCGGCGGACUGCUGGCCGCGUGCCAUGCGCUAAGAUCUUGGUUUUACGCCGCGCGUUAUGAUUGGCCAAAAAGCGACGCCGCCGAGCGCCCCAUGUUCAAGGCAGUCUUUUUGUAUGGGCAAUGUAUGGGCGAUAUUUAAAUAAAUUACCUUGGACUUUGUAUAGCGAGGUAUAAAAAGACGUUGUCCG